GAAACUUAUUUUAACCAUUAUAGAAAGCUAAGUAUGGUAAGAUAUUAUAUUGGAGUGGAUGUCGGUAGUCACAGUGUACGAGCAGGGUUGGUUGAUAAUGAUGGGACGUUCAUAGCAACAGCUGAAGAGGGAAUUACUGUGGUGGAACCAAAAACAAAUCAAUACAUUCAAUCUUCAGAUGAAAUUUGGCGCAAAUGUUGUUCUGUUAUUAAGUCAGUUGUAAAGAAUGUUGAUCCAUCAAAUGUUCAAGGCAUUGGUUUUGAUGCAACAUGCUCAUUGGUUGUGCUUGAUCAUGAUUUCAAACCUGUUCCUUUAACCAAUGCAAAAAGCAACAAUGAUGACUUUAACAUAAUAAUGUGGAUGGAUCACAGAGCUAAAGAAGAAGCUGACUUUAUCAACUCCACAAAUCAUGAAGUGCUGAAGUUCGUUGGAGGGAAAAUAUCAUUAGAAAUGCAACCUCCAAAACUGCUAUGGAUUAAAAAGAAUCAACCAGAAUGCUGGACAAAAGCUCACCACUUUUUUGAUCUGUCUGAUUUUUUGACCUUCAAAUGCACAAAUAGUUUAACCAGAUCUUCAUGUGCUGUUACAUGCAAAUGGUUAUAUUCAAGUGAAUCCGGAUGGAACAAAAGUUUUUGGAAGGAAAUUGGUUUGGAAGAUUUAAAUGACAACAACUUUUCAAAAAUUGGGAAUGUUAUUCUGCCACCUGGAACAGCAAUAAAAGGUGGACUUACGCAAGAAACUGCAUCGAACAUGGGAUUAUUGGCCAACACUGCAGUUGCUGUUGCUAUGUUGGAUGCACAUUGUGGUGGACUUGCAGCAGUGGGAGUUGGUGGCCAUGACUUGAACAACCAACAACUAGAUAUUACUGAGUGUAUGGCACUGAUAUGUGGUACGUCAUCCUGCCAUAUGGGGAUAAGUUCGGCACCAAUAUUUGUACCUGGUGUGUGGGGUCCUUACUAUUCUGCAAUGAUUCCAAAGUUUUGGCUAAAUGAAGGAGGACAAACUGCGUCUGGAAAAUUGAUAGAUCACAUCGUACAAACACAUGUGGCAUUUUCUCAGCUGAAGCAAAUGGCUAAAGAGCGUGGGAAGAAUAUAUAUCACCUUCUUAAUGAUAUUGCAUCUCAACAUGCAUCAGAUUAUGGUGAGCUUGAUGUUGAUGUCAUGACAAGGAAUAUUCACAUCCACCCAGAUCACCAUGGCAACCGAUCACCUUUGGCUGACCCAACAUUGUGUGGAGCGGUGUGUGGAUUAACAUUGGAUACUUCCUUACAACAUCUUGCACUUUUAUAUAUUGCUACUAUGCAAGCUCUUGCUUUUGGGUCACGGCACAUAAUUGAAACAAUGGAAAAACAUGGUCACAAAAUUAAAGCUUUAUUAAUGUGUGGUGGUUUAAGUAAAAAUGAACUUUUUGUAAAAAUUCAUGCAAAUGUUCUAGAAAGGCCUGUGGUUUUAGGCAAGGAGAGUGAAACUAUGUUGCUUGGUGGUUGCAUUUUGGCAGCUUGUGCAUCACAUAACUUUCCUUCUAUACAGGAUGCUAUGAAAAGCAUGUGCCACUCCGGCGGUGUUGUUCAUCCAAAUUCAAGACUGCAAGGUUUUUAUCUAAAAAAAUACAAGGUCUUCCUUGCUAUGAUUAAAAAUCAGCAAUUCUACAUGAAAAUUAUGAAUAAAUAAACAUAACAAUUGGUAUCAUUACUUAAUUAUGUUUUAAUUUAUAUCCAGUUAUAUCUCAUUUGUUCAUAUAAUACAAUUAUAAUUUUUGCAAUUGGUAAUUUUAGCGGUGUUGUUGUAAUUCAGUGAUUGUUAUUACGAUAUUGGUGCUUUAAAUGAUGUCUUCAUCCCAGCUUUUUUUAGUUUCUUAAUGGGCAAUGAUCGACAGUGCUACUUUUUACUAAAGUACAUUAUAUAAUAUUUUAAUAUAUUCGCAUGUGCAACGAUAUUUCGUGAUAAAUCAUGGAAGUUCCUAGAUACAACAAAUAAAUACUCAUGUUGCACUACUGCUAUAGAUCCUUUCAAAUACAUCUUAAUUCUCAAAACAUAAAUUAUAUGAUGUGAUUGAGUUUUAAAACUACGUAAUUUGCAUUUACAACUUUUUAGAGUUAAGGACGAAAGCUCUGUUUUAAAAACAUGUAAUAAUUUAAAAAAUUAUGCUGUAAUCGCAAUUGUUGCAAUGUAUUUCUCACGAACUGUACAAUUUAUGAUUCGUCUAUUUCUGUAAAUAAAGUCGUAAUACACGUGGCUUUCCAUUACAA